CGGCCUUAUCGAUAUCUGUGCCGCAAGGGGCUUCCAAGUCAUGGCGUCAGAUUGUCUUAAAACACCAUUACGUAACAACAGUUGUGAUCAUGCAAUAUCAAUCGCAGUUAUUCACCAUUUAUCUACAUUGGAUAGAAGAAAAGCUGCAAUACGUGAAAUUGUCAGAAUAUUGAAUACAGGUGGAAAAGCUUUGAUUUAUGUUUGGGCUAUGGAACAAAAAGUGAAUAAUGAACAAUCGAAAUAUAUUUCAACGAAAAGAAAUGAAGAAUUGAGUGUUAAUUUGACCGAAAAUACUGAAGAAAAAGAAGAAAAAACAAUUGAUUAUCACGUGAACAGAACAGAGUUUAUGCAACAAGAUUUAUUUGUUCCGUUUUCUAAAAAACCUCAAAAUGUGAAGAAAAGUCAACAAAGUUCAGAAAUUAUGAACAAAAUGGAAACGUAUUAUCGAUUUUAUCAUUUGUUUUUGAAAGGAGAAUUGGAACAGUUGUGUGUUGAAGCAUGUUCGAAUGUUGAAAUUGUUGACAGCUAUUAUGACGAUGGAAAUUGGUGUGUGAUUCUACGAAAAUUGUAAAUAAUUUUCUGAAGUUAUCAAAUAAGGUUUUUUGGACAAUAA